AUGAAGAGUCUAAAAGUAUUAACUGAGCAAUGUUUGACCAAAAAUGAUCUAGUGACGGCAUUGUUGCCAGAAGUCAGAUCUGUUCAAUUUGGGCAAGCAGAUACUGAUAAGUUCAAACAUGAUGAGCUAGCUAAUUAUAUCGAGGGUAUCAUUAUAUUACUUUGCAGCUGUAUAGAAUACCAUCAACAUAAUUUUGAAAUAAUUUUAAAGCAUGGUGUCAAUGGGAAAAUGCACACAGCAAAAAGUUCUAAACUAUCAUUAAUAAAUUAUUACAAUACUGAGAAGACAAGUUCCAAAUUGUCAAUAUUUUUAUCUUUGAUUAACGUUAUUGAAUCAACUCUUAAGAAAAACGAAGUGAGAACAAUCAGAGAUGUUUACUAUGGUAAUGUUGAGUUGUAUAAGAAUCAAAAUACUGUAGUUUAUUGGUUAAACAAAAUUCAAAAGAACCUUUCAUUAAAGUCACGAAAUGAACUAAAUAUCAUACCUGCACAAAAGGGAUUGUGUUACAUUCCAUUUCAACUAAGAAUUGUUAAUCAAAAAACAGGCAAUUAUACUUUUGUUGCAAAGAAUGAGUCUACCUUAAUUCCACAUUUUACUAAAGAUAGCAACUUUAUUAUUGAAGAGAUAGAACUGCCAAAUAUAUCGAAAAUCAUUGUUGUGGAGAAAGAAGCUGUAUAUGACAAAUUUAUUAGAUAUCAUUGCUCUAAUAUAAAUCCAGAGAAAAUGAUAAUUGUGACAGGAAAAGGGUAUCCUGAUUUCCUUACAAGAUUAUUCCUCAAUAAGUUACAAACACUGAAGGCUCUUGAUGAAAGCAGCUGGGAAAUUUAUGUAGACGCAGAUCCAUAUGGAAUAUCAAUUGCAACAAAGUAUAUUAUUAGUACUUCUGAUCAAAUGUAUUCCUGCAGAAAAUUGAUUCAUAAAGGUGCUAGAAUUUCCCAUUUGAUCCAUAACCUAAAUCAAUCGAAACAUAUCCAAUUAUUGAACUUAACUACUAGAGAUAUUACCUAUUUAAUGAAAAUGAUAUCCAGGUUAUUUAACAAUGAAGCUUUGUCUCAUAACCAUAGUUCAUCUUUUAGCAUUAAAACCGAAAUUCAAAGGCAAUUGUUUUUUGCAAAGAAAGGUGAAAUGAAUGCAUUAUACUAA